UCUAUGUAUAUUAUUGUAUUACAUUAUUUGUAAAUUACCUCAAUGGAUUCCGUUGAAUUUGAUGCAAUUAUAAGACAUCCAAGAACUAUAAUUCAUAUAGAUGUUGACUGUUUUUAUGCUCAAGUGGAGAUGCUGAGGCAUCCAGAAUUAGAGAGCAAGCCAUUGGGAGUACAACAAAAAAAUUUAGUGGUAACAAGCAAUUAUUUGGCACGAGAAUAUGGAAUUAAGAAAUGUAUGCCAAUACAAGAAGCUUUACAGCUGUGCCCAGGGCUGGUCUUGGUAAAUGGUGAAGAUUUGACAAAUUAUCGCCACUACUCUACUAAAAUACUGGAGAUAUUACAUCAGUUUACUCCAUUAGUUGAAAGGCUGGGUUUUGAUGACAAUUUUAUGGAUGUAACAUCUAUCGUUCAAAAAUAUAUAAAUUCUGGAAAUGAUUCUGAAUUAAAUAUAAGUAUUUCUAUGGAAGAUGAAAACCCUGUUGGUGAAAUAUUUGGUCCCUCGGAAGAAGAAUGUCCUUGUGGCUGCCAUGCUCGAUUAAUUAUUGCUUCCAAGAUUGCAGCAAAAAUAAGAGAACAAAUUUAUAAAAACUUGCACGUCACAUGCAGUGCUGGAAUAGCACAUAAUAAGCUCCUAGCAAAACUAGUAGGAUCAUUGCAUAAACCAAAUCAACAGACACUAAUAUUUCCAUGUAGUGCAUCCAUGUUGUUGUCUAGUAUAGGGUCUGUAUCUAAAAUACCAAGUGUUGGACAGAAAACUACACAACUAUUAGUGUCCAACAACAUAAAAACAGUGGAUGAUUUGCGUAAAACGUCUUUAGAAACGUUGGAAAUGAAAAUUGGUAUUGACUUAGCAAGAAAAUUAAAAGAUAAUGCGGAAGGCAUCGACGAAACUGUUGUAAAACCUACUGGAAAGAGGCAGUCUAUAGGUUUAGAAGAUGGUUUCAAGAGCGUUUCUUUAGUGGCUGAAGUAGAGUCACGAUUGGGAGCACUUCUGAGAAGACUAACAGAAUUAGCCAUGGAAGAUGGAAGAAUCCCUGUUGCUAUGAGAUUAACAGUCAGAAAACAUGAUUUUAAUAAACCAACUUCGGGUAAAAGAGAAACACGGCAGUGCGCUUUGCCAAAACACUUAUUACCUUCAUCAAAAUCUGGCGUUUAUGAUCAUGCUAAAAUGUUGGCGCUAGCAAUGAAACUGUUUCAUCGUACUGUUAAUGUUUCUAAACCAUUCCAUUUAACUCUUCUAGGAGUUGCUUUCACAAAAUUUGAAGAGAGAUCUUCGGGAAAGAAUAGUAUUACAUCCUUCUUGCGAAAACAGGUCGCUGUUCAGUCUGUUUUAGAUAUAAGCUCAGAAGAGGGUGUUUCCGAUGUUAAUCUUGGAUCGCCAAUGAGCGUGAAUCAAGACAGUAAUGACGGCUCCGCAAUGAGUACCACCUCCUCUCCAAUUUCAAAAUCAGUGGGUGCAAACAAUCAGAACGCGGAUGAUGAUGUAUUGAAUGAAAUAGAACCUUUACCAAAAAAGACCAGAUUAGAAGUAUGGUUAAGCGGACGCAGAGAAUCUCCAAGUAACGAAAUGGCUGAUCUUCGUCUUAGUCCUUCGUCACCAAUGCAACUAUCACCAAAAAUCGACGCGGCGGUCCUUAAAUCUCUACCUAUCGACAUACAAAGAGAAGUGACCCGUUCCUGGCCCACAACUAGUAAACCAAAACCGAAUAAUAUACUUAAAUAUUUUAUAGCCAAUAAGUGACGGAGUUUUAUGGCCUAGAAUAGAAUAUAGCCAUCAUUCUGUACACACUUACACACCUACAAUAUUGGAUGG